GUGACCGGAAGUAUGUGUUGAAAGUUCAGCGCUAUUAGGAAGUGUUUAUUUACGAUGCGGGGAUACACAGCGCUGAAGUAUUGAAAUACGACAAUCGGCCCAUUAUUGUGGGAGGAUUAGCUGUGUUUUCUAUUAAAACGUGUGUUACGUUUGAGUCCGAUUUACCGCCAGCUGUCUGUUUUUGGCUGUGGGCACUCAACCUUCGCAUGCUAGUUUAGGCUAAGUGGCUAGCUAAGUUGGACUACAACCUUGCACUGUCCGUCACUAUAAACACGCUGAGUUUUGUGCUGUCUGCUGAUGGUGGACGCUUUCCAACAAGUCUGUUGUCAUUUUCUCUUUGUCCUAGUUUAGCUAAUGUCUGUUAGUUCAUGUGGGUCCAUCGGCUGACAGUCCACGGUGUGCGCUUUAUGUACGUAACGUUACGCUAACUGCCUCUGCUGUGGCUUAGUGGUUUUUGACAAGACAUGACCGCCUACUGACAGUGGCAUUAAGCUGGCAUCGACAUGGAAGCUGGAUCGAUAAAUCGAUGAGGAGGUUCAACUGUCGUCUUUGGCUACAUUGAACGCCUCCCCUGUGAAGGCUCCUGCUGAGAGGGUCGUGAUUUCACUGUCACAGUUUCCUCCCACACCUCAGAGUAGCUCUCAUCGUCCCUGACCCACCAGGAUGUUGGAGGGCCUUGUUGCCUGGGUGCUAAACACAUACCUGGGAAAAUAUGUCAGCAACCUGAACACAGAUCAACUCUCCAUCGCCCUUCUUAAAGGUGCAGUGGAGUUGGAAAACCUCCCUCUGAGGAAAGAUGCCCUCCGAGAGUUCAGCCUGCCAUUUGAAGUCAAAGCAGGCUUCAUUGGAAAGAUUACCCUCCAGAUCCCUUUCUACAGGCCUCACAGUGACCCAUGGGUCAUCUCUAUGUCCCAGCUCAAUCUAAUCAUCGGCCCUGCCCAGCUGCAGGAAUAUGAUGCAGAGAAGGAGAGAGAAGAGGAGAGAGAGCGCAAACGGCGCCUCCUCAAGGCCCUCGAAGACAAAUUCAAAAGUGAGUGUGAACAGAGAGGAGAGUCUUACUGGUACUCUGUCACUGCCUCAGUGGUCACCAGGAUUGUGGAAAACAUCGAGCUGAAGAUCCAAGAUGUGCAUCUCCGAUUUGAGGAUGACUUCUCCAACCCAGAGAAACCCUUUUCUUUUGGUGUUUGCAUCAACAAUGUUUCGGCUCAGAACCCUUUCAAAGAGUCGGUCCAGAAGCUUCUUCGACAAAAACAUCUGGAGAUACAAGACUUCAGCGUCUACUGGGAUACAGAGUGUGAAAUUCUGGGAAAACUGCCUGCAAAUCAGAUCCAGGAAGCGAUGACCCAGUGUAUGCAGAGUCGGGAGCAUCAGUACAUCUUUGAGCCAGUGUGUGCCUCUGUGUUGCUCAGAAGAAAUGCCUCCAAGGAGCCUCUGAGGUCCCGAAACACCCCACGGAUUGAAGGCCAAGUUCAGCUGGAGCCCAUGUCCUUACGUCUGUCACAGGUCCAGUACCAGCAGAUCAUGGCGUUCCUUAAAGAGCUGGACCGCCGGGAAAGAGAGAUGCUUUACCGAAAGUGGAGGCCCAAAGUCGCAAUUUCUAAGAACUGCCGGCAGUGGUGGAUGUUUGCUAUCGUGGCCAACCUGAGUGAAAUCAGGGAGCAACGGCGGCGAGGCAGCUGGGACUUUGCCCUGCAGCGGGCACGAGACGCCCAGACAUACACCAGCCUCUACUUCAGAAGGCUCAAAGGAGUCACACUGAGUCCUCAGGAAGAGAGUGAGCUGGAGCGAGUGGAAGAGGAGCAGACGAUAGAGGAGCUGCAGAGUCUCCAAGAAAUUGUCCACGACUGGUUUCGAAAGCAUGAAGAGAUUGCAGAGAAUGUGCAAGAGCCUAGCAGUGACCCCCAGCCCUGUUCACCGACUACAUCCAUAUCCAAGAGCGGCAGCUCAGGGAUGAUCCAGUACCUGCAGUCCUGGUUCCCAGGCUGGGGAGGCUGGUAUGGAGAUGCCCAAGACCGGCCUGAAGAGCUCCUACCAAGUCCAUCUUCCUGGGAUAUCCUGGCAGAGACAGAAGACUUGUUCGACCCGUUAGAGGACUCUCACACUCUCAACACGUUUACCAGGCGAGAUCACCUGUUUGCCCGGCUGGAGUUCUUACUGGAGAAGGGUGGAGUCACGCUCUUCCACCAGGACAGGAGGGGGGACACCCUGCAUGAGAGCGGGGUCAUCCAGUUGGAAUUCUCAGGGGUGAAAGUGAUUUUGGAGUCCCUCCCUCGCUCUGAGUCCUCUUUGCUGUCUGUUAAGCUGGGUGGUUUGUUCCUGAGAGACUUGACUACUCAGGGAACCAUCUUUCCUGUUCUGGUGUCUCCCAAAACGGACAAAGUUGUUGUUGCCAUCAACCAGCCCUCCAGUCUGUCUGGCAGUAUCUCUGGAUGCAAUGCUGAGUGCUCUUCAUCACCAGUGUUUGAAAUGAUUUAUGAACGUAACCCUGUGAGAUGUAAGUUUGAGAGAAGACUGGAAGUGAACACCAGUCCAUUGAACAUCAUCUACAACCCACAAGCAAUCAAAAAAGUGACUGAGUUCUUUUAUAAAGGAAGAGUUCAUACCUCAGGUUUUGGCUAUCAGUCAGAGCUGGAGCUAAGAGUAGCAGAGGCAGCCAGAAGGCAGUACAACAAGCUGAAGAUGCAGACCAAGGCAGAGAUCCGACAAACCAUUGAUCAGCUACUCGUGGGAGAGUUUAUUGAAAACAGCAAGCGGUGGACCAUGAAAUUGGACAUCUGUGCCCCCCAGGUGAUUUUCCCUGAUGACUUCCAGUCAGGGGACCCAAUGUUAGUUGUUGUUGAUUUAGGCAGAAUUCUCCUUACAAACUCGCAAGAUGACACUAAGGCCAGCUCAAAAGCUACUCAACCUGAAAGGGAAGACAUGAGUGAUGAUGAGUACCAGACACCCCUGGCCACGCCCCCAGAGUCUCCUCCACCUGAACUAGACAUGCCUUUGAAAGACCAGUUCAAAAGCCCUGAACUUCCCAGCCUCAGAUCCCCAGAAAGUACGCAGGCCUACAGCAGAAAGCUUUAUGAAAAAUACUCCUUGUCUUUUAAGGACCUGCAGAUAAUGGUUGGUCGCUGUAAGGACAACUGGAAACACCUUCAAGAGAGUGAGGUAGGGCCUACUCAUGUGGUGGAGAAGUUUAAUGUACUGUUGCAGCUUGAGCAGAGAUUGCGCUACACGUCGGACCCCCAGCUCCCUGGGGCUGUGCUGUCAGGAACCCUGCCAGACCUCAAAGUCCAUAUCAACCUUGAGAAGAUGACCGCCCUUAGGAGUUGCUUGGCUAGGCUAAGUAGUCCAUCUGUAAGUAAAGGGGACAAAAGCCAAGAGAGAGGCCCAUUUAUAAGGUCUCCUGACCCUCUUACUCUCCGCCAUGACAAGAUCUUUCUGAAGGAGGACAGCUCCUGGAAGCUGCAAGGUUCAGCCAAGAACCUGACCCAGAGCGUGAUGACUUUAGAACAGCACACAAGGGAAGUCCUGGUGGAAUCCCGUCUACUAUUAGCUGAAUUUAACAUUAACUACAUGCAGCUUGGUGUAGAGAGUGAUGGCCGUUACAUAUCUGUCCUCAAGGUAUUUGGCACAAAUGCUCAUUUUGUCAAGCGGCCUUAUGAUGCUGAAGUCUCUCUGACUGUCCAUGGUCUUCUGCUGGUGGACACCCUACAAACCUAUGGCUCAGACUUUGACCUCCUUGUGGCUUCUCAUAAGCAUCUCAGUUUUGACAUACCCACGGGAAGCCUCAGAGAGAGCCAGCCAUCGUCCCCUGUGUCGUCUGAUGGCAAGUCUCCCCAGCAUCAGGGCCAUCAUACUGAGUCGUCCUCUGGUAUGCCCAUGGAUCGACUUUCCCCCUUCAGUUCCUUUCUGAAAGACCAGGAGGCCCUGAUUAAGCUUGAGUACCAGUUUGUGAGCUCAGACUGCCCCUCCAUGAAUCUGGACAGCUCCCUUCAGGUUACAAGCAUGCAGGUCAAUAACUUGGACAUCAUUCUCAACCCUGAGACCAUGGUAGAGUUGCUCAAGUUUCUCCAGAAGUCUUUCCCCAAAGAGGAAAGCACCUGGACAUCAUCAACGCAACAACAUACAAAACAGCCUUACAGUGAGGAGGGGGGGGGGACAUAUCAGGCCACCUAUGACCAGAACAAAGAGCUGACUGUGGAGAUCCAUCGCCUUAACCUGCUUCUCCUUCGGACUGUGUCCACUGGGACUGUGCUGGGUGCUGAGAAGAAAGGGUUGAAGAUUGCAACUGCUAGCAUCACUGGAACGAAGGUCAAUGUGUCUAUGGGCAGUCGGUUGGACAUCAAUGGUUCACUUGGCGCCAUGCAGUUGGCUGACCUGACCCAGGAAGGAGGCCGAAGCCAGUUUGUGGUCAGUAUUGGCAGUGUUGAAGAUAGCUCCUCAACUCUUGGAUUAACAUUCCUUGCUGACACAGGAGGUUCUCCCUCUGAGGCUUUAAAUUUUCGCCUUAUGGAGAAAUCCCAAGGGGAGUGUUCCUUACUACUUCAAAUGGCAUCCUUGCACUACAACCACUCAGCCAAGUUCCUGAAGGAGCUAAGCCUGUCUGCUAAUGAGGUAGAAGACAAUUUCCGCUCCAUGCUGAAAAGUGCUGCUACCAAAGUGUCAACAGUUCUAGCAACCAAGACAGCAGAGUACAGUGGUAUGGUUUCACUCUUUGAAACACCCUCACGAAGAACUCGAACUCAGAGUCAGAGCUGGGCUUAUCCAUUUGAGGAUGAGGAUGAUCUCCCCAUGGAAGAACCCGAAUCCACCCUAGACACAUUCUUGGUAAAGCUGACCCUUAAUAUCAGCAUUGACUCACCAGUUGUGUCCAUUCCCCGUAAACCUGGACACCCUGAGCUUUUGGUUGGUCAUCUGGGAAGCAUAACAAUCCAAAAUUUUGUUACUGGGCAAGACUCCGAAGCUGAAAGGUUGCAGGUAUUAGUGAAGGAUAUUCGACUGUAUUCACUCAACAUGAGUCAUUUGGUUUUGAAGAGGGUACCUAGAGGGAAUUCUGCCAGCAGCAUGUCACCAUCCCACAAUGGGAGCACCAACCAGGAUGAACCACAGUUCACACGUCAUGACUUCUUUGAAUCCCUCAGCCGUGGUAAAGCCUUCCACAUAUUGAAAGACACAACUAUACAGUUCACCCUGGAGAAAGUUCCCGUUGACGAAGAUACUGAGUUUACCUUCCUCACCACAGAGGAGCCUUGCAGGAGCACAGGGUUGCUGAGAAUCGAGGGCAAAUUUGUCAACCCUGUUCAGGUGUUCCUGUGCAAGCCUGUGUAUGAACAAGUCCUCCAGACACUGGACAAUUUGUCACUGAUUGAAGAGCAACGUGUCACGCCCAGCCAACCGCCCACACCCCCACCACCAACUCCUUCCUCCACCAGACCUCACCGUUUUCCUGACCCCCAGGGAGGGCUGUUUGCAAGAGACCCCCCCCAUAUCAACUUCUCCCACUCAUCGCUUUCUUCCCCUUUGCCUUUACAAUCUCACAAACCUGCUCUUGACUCUCCCUCCUUCACUCAGCUAAAAGUCACCUUACACGUGGCUGAAUUACAAGUCCAGCUCAGUGCUGACCUAUCCCAAGGCUCCCAGGGCUUAGUCAGUCUGCGCUUCCAAGAUCUGGAAGGAGACUUUACCAAAGACCAUCCUCACCUACUGGCAGUCCAGCUGGCUCUGCGCUCGCUGCUAAUGGAGGACCUCCUAGAGCAGAACCCUGAGUCGAAGUACAAACAUUUGAUGGUGUCUCGCGGAGCCCCCAAACCCUCCACGUUCAGUCCAAAGGAGUAUCUUUCUCAAAGCUGUCCAUCAGCAUCCAACGCCCUAUACCCAGACAUGCCCCGUUCACUGCCUGCCCACAUGGAGGAGGCCCAGAACGUCUUCCAACUCUACCAGAGGCAUCCCAGCACCCCUUCAGCCAGUCGUAAAUCUAAGAAGGACCCGGACUGUCCCAGCACUCCACCUCCCUCUCCUACCCACCAUACACCGUCUCCUCAGCCACCCCCAGACUUUGAUGACUCAUUAGUUCAUAUCAAUGUGCUGCUGGUGGACCAGAACCACCCAGAGUUCAAAACGCGCUAUGGAAGUGUGGGAAGAAGUGUGGAUGUCGACUUUAACUGCUUGGACGUCUUGAUAACACUACAGACCUGGGUGGUUAUCCUGGACUUCUUUGGCAUUGGCUCCACAGCCAACAAUCACGCAGUGAAGGUGCACCCUAUGUCACCUCAACCUGUGCCAGGACAUCCUCUGUAUGAAUCAGACAUCAGUGAGGAGGAAACAACAGAGCCUGUCAACACUAAAGUGGACCUAAAGGUUCACUCUUUGUCCAUUAUACUGAACAAGAAACUCAAUGAGCUUGCCAGAGCUAGUGUGUCCAAAUUAUCUGCUCAUCUGGAAAUGUUGGAUGGCGACCUGGCAUUACAAGGCAGUUUAGGAAGUUUGUCCCUGAGUGACCUUACCCCACAUGGUGAUCUUUACCGAGAACGCUUCACCACACGGGGAGGGGAGGCCCUUAUUUUCAACAUCCUUAAGUACGGCCAGCCCGAUCCUUACCUGAAGCGGGAAUGUGACAUCAAGGUUUCCUUGCAGAUGGCCUCAGUGCAGUAUGUCCACACCCAACGCUUCCAGGCAGAGGUGGUGGCCUUCAUCCAACAUUUCACCCAGCUACAAGAUGUACUUGGAAGGCAGAGGGCUGCAAUGGAGGGCCAGGCUGUACGGGAUCAUCCUCAGCGAGCGUCCAGGGUUCUGUUGGAUAUUGAGGCCGGUGCCCCAGUUAUUCUCAUCCCGGAGAGCUCACGGUCACCAAGGGUCAUCGUGGCCAACCUCGGCCAGCUGAAGGUGCAGAACUGCUUCCUAACAGCUGGGACUCAUGGGACUUUUUCCCUCAAAGACAAGGAGCGUGUCCGGAGUGCAGCAAGGCGGACUAGUGAGCAGGAGAGGCCUAGAGCCUCCCCCUCCAGCUCCUCCUCCACAGGGUUCACCCUUGGCAGGCCACAGGCCCCAGGCACAGGGAGGACCCCUGAGGAGUAUGAUGCUCAAAGCUUCGAAGACCAUGUGUGCCUGUUGGACUGCAUUGCCCUCGACCUGCAGGAGAUGGAUAUAUUUGCUGCAGAGCAUCUGCCCUGUCAGCCAUGGGACAGUAGUGGUAAACCUCCAGAAUCCACAGACCUCAUCUUUCCUUCAUACUUUGUCCGUCGCACCGGAGACAACCUGCUUAAGGACUGCUGCCGCCUCAAACUUAAAGUGGAACGCAACCUGGACAAGGAGUUAAGCCAUGCAGUUCCUGACAUGUCCAUCCACGGCAGCCUGUCAUCAGUACACUGCUCUCUGGACCUGGAGCACUACCAGCUGAUCAGAGGGCUGCUGGAGAACAACCUGGGAGAGCCUGUUGAAGAUUUCCUGCGGCCCUACAACCUGCAGGACCCCAGCACCUAUACGGUGCUAAGUGGAGAUGUCUACACCAACUUGUCAUUCCUGGUGGACAUGAUGGAUGUCAGUCUGGAGCUCUUGGACAGCCCCAAACCCUCUGAGCACAAACGCUCAUUAGCAAGAUUUGACUUCAUGAAAUCCAAGCUGCUAUUUGAGAGUCUCUCCAAUGGAUCCAAGUCUGUCAAUUUAGUGUCUCACUCCCUGCUGGCAUAUGACACUCGAUACACCUGGCCGAGUGAUAGCGCUGGUGGAGCUGGUGGCGCAAGGCCCAAUGUCUUUGACUGCAUCCUCCAGCCCUCCAAAACAGGCACUAACCGGGCAUCACUGCAGCUGGAACUGCACUACAGAUCCACACGUGACUCCUCCUGCUUCACAGUGGUCCUCAACAACCUGAGAGUUUUUCUCAUCUUUGACUGGCUUCAGCUGGUGCAAGACUUCCUGCGGGUGCCAGUGGAGAAGGCUGCAGCCGGUUCUGAACCUCGCCGACGCUGGCCCAGUAACACCAGCACUGACUCGGGCAACGCUACCACCAGCACCACUGGGGCUGUCAUGCCAAAGACAGUCAAGAGCGGUGUUGUCACCAAGAGAUCCACGGUGCCGGUCACCGAGGACCGCAGCCUGGAAGUCAAGAUCAACGUCACAGGCACAGAGUUUGUGGUUGUGGAGGACUCGUCGUGUCUGGAUACCAAUGCUAUCAUUCUAAAAGGCACCACUGUUCUCACCUACAAACCCCGUCUGCUGGACAGACCCUUCUCUGGCAGCCUGGCAGGAAUAGAGGUGUUCUCCUGUCGGUUAGGCAGUGAGCAGGAGACAGCACUGUCCAUCAUCGACCCAGUCAAUGUUCAGGUGGAGCUGUGUGGGAGCCCCACAUACCAGAGCAGCUCAGGACUACUGGAUGCCUUCAAUGUGGAGGACAUCCCACCGCUACUGGAGAUUCAGUUUCCUGCUCUGGACAUCCGUCUGUCCUACAAUGACAUUCAGCUCUUCUUGGCCAUCGCCAAGUCCAUCCCUACUGCCAGCACUCCACUGCCCUCUGACUCUGACACCACCACUGCACCCCACACGGAUCCCCCUGCUACACCCAAAGACAUCUUCAGGCAGAAGACUGAGGCCCUUAUAGCGAGCCAGCUGACCCAUUUACAAGACCUUGGCUUCAGGAAAGAGGACUGCAAAAGAGCCCUGAUCAACUGUAAAGGCCAGCUGGACCAGGCUGCCACGUGGCUUCUGGAGAAUGCUGAGAACAUGGCAGGUCAUCCCAGAGCCAGAGCUGACUCCAACUCCAGCAGCCACUCAGCUCCACUGUCUGGGGUGGAGGUGAAGGCUGAGAGUGUCUGCAUCUGUUUUAUCGAUGACUGUCUGGACUGUGACAUUCCACUGGCUGAGCUCACCUUCUCCAGGCUUUAUGUGCUGCAGCGCAUUGGUUCCACCCAGGAAGGCAACGCCAGUUUCACUCUGUCUGGAGACUACUAUAACAGAGAGCUGUCAGGCUGGGAGCCCUUCAUCGAGCCCUGGCCUUGCUUCUUGUCCUGGCAGCAGCAGGCUGCUGGCCGUCUCCACCCUCCGCGUCUCAAGAUGGGGAUUCGAGCCAAGCAGAGACUAGACAUCAACAUCACUUCUGUCCUGUUGGAACAAUACAACACCACCAAGAGCUCCUGGAUAGCUGACUACUGUAAUGAACACCCCCCAGUCUCCCCCCUGCCCUGGAUGGGCUCAUCAGUCGACCCACCUAGCUGUGGACAGAGUGCUCCUCUUGCUCACCUUAGAACUAGGAGCACAGCCAGCUUGACCUGCCUCGAGCAGCAGAUUCACUCCAGAGCUGAUGUUAAGCUGUCCAAGAGGAGGCAGCCAUUCGUGGCCUACGCUCUCCGCAACCACACAGGAUGCACGAUGUGGUUUGCCACCCUGACUACAACCCCCACAAGGGUGGCGCUGUCUCACAGCAGCAGUGCAGACUCCAUCUCAGACAUCCACGGUCCAGGAGCUGAUGACACUCACAAUGUCAGCCAGUGGAGAGAGGUGCUGCCUGGGGAGGAGAUUCCCUUUGAGUUUGAAGCCCGCGAGAAGCUCCGCCACCGACACACUCAUGAGCUGAAGCUGCACCAGCUGCUGGUUCGGGUGUGUGGAUGGGAGCAGGUUAAGCCGGUGUCUGUGGACAAAGUGGGCGUUUUCUUCCGUUACGCAGCUGCAGACAGAAACAACUCUUCCAACACUGUUGGCAGUCCUAUCAGCAGGACCAACAUCAUCCACCCUCAUGUUUAUUUUUCGGCCCUGCCUCCGGUCAGAGUGGUCUUCUCCAUCACAAUGGAGGGCAGUGCAAGGAAGGUCAUUACUGUCCGCUCAGCCCUCAUGGUGAAGAACCGGCUAGAUGUCCCUAUGGAGGUCAGACUCGACAGCCCCUCUGCUCCUGACAAACCAGUAAUGUUGCCUCCCAUACUGCCUGGCCAGGCCUUGGCAGUCCCCCUUCACCUGACAUCAUGGCGGCUGCAGGCUCGGCCCAAAGGCCUAGGCUUGUUCUUCUGUAAGGUUCCCAUCCACUGGACCAGCGUGGAGCGACCCGGAGAGAUCAGCAGCAGUAAGAGGGAGUGUCAGUCAGCAGACUUUGACGACAACCUCAAGCGGAACUUCAGGUUUUGUGUGGUCAUCAAGAAGGAGAAUUACCCCGAGCAGCAGCCUGCCAAGAGGGUUUCUGGCAGUGCCAAGCAGAUCUACCGACAGCCAGGCCACACCAUCUAUCUGCUGCCCACCAUGGUACUGGCCAACCUGCUACCCUGUGAUCUCAACUACUACAUCAAAGGAACGUCCAUUAAAGGCUCGCUGAGACCAGGGAAAGAGGCCGUGCUCCAUGCUGCUGACACCUCGCAGAACAUGGAGCUAGGAGUCCUACUUGAGAACUUCCCUGUGUGCAAAGAGCUGCUGAUUCCCCCAGGAACUCAGAACUACGUGGUACGCAUGAGGCUAUAUGAUACCAACAAACAUCUGCUUUGCCUCACUAUUCGCAUCAUCCUGCGAGCACAAGGGGCACUGAAGAUCCUGAUUUCGGCCCCCUACUGGCUUAUCAACAAGACCGGUCUGCCAUUAAUUUUCCGUCAGGACAAUGGCAAAUCUGAUGCAGCAGGACAGUUUGAGGAGCAUGAGUUGGCCCGAAGCCUAAGUCCAUUACUGUUCUGCUACACUGACAAGGAGCAGCCUGCUAUGUGCACGAUGCGGAUUGGGAAAGGGAUCCACCCAGAUGGAGUUCCAGGCUGGUGCCAGGGCUUCUCCCUGGAUGGAGGGAGUGGAGUCAGGGCAGUGAAGGUCAUUCAGCACGGGAACAGGCCUGGCCUCAUCUACAACAUAGGCAUCAGUGUCCGGAAAGGUAAAGGACGCUACAGAGACACUCACAUAGUGACCUUUGCCCCACGCUACCUGUUGGACAACCGCUCUAAACACAAACUGGCCUUCGCUCAGAGAGAGUUUGCAAGAGGAAAGGGCACAGCCAACCCGGAGGGUUACAUAUCCACUCUGCCGGGCUCCAGUGUCGUCUUCCACUGGCCCCGCAAUGACUAUGAUCAGUUGCUGUGUGUGCGCCUCAUGGACACCCCCAACUGCACCUGGUCUGGAGGCUUUGAGGUCAACAAACCCAAGUCCUUUCACGUCAACAUGAGGGACACACUGGGGAACUGUUUCUUCCUGCGGACAGAGAUCAGCCUGAAGGGAGCCACCUACCAGAUCUCCUUCACCGACACUGACCAGCUGCCACCACCCUUCCGCAUUGACAACAUUUCUCAGGUGCCUAUCCAGUUCUGGCAGCAUGGUGUGGCUGACAUCCGGCUGCACACUGAGGUGAAAGCAGGCUCUGUGCUGGACUAUGCCUGUGAUGAGCCCACGCUUUCCCCCUACCUCACACUGACUGUGAAGGGAGCUGGAUCCUCCGAGGUCACAGCCGACAUGAAUUUCUUCAGAGAGUACAACAAGCUCUACUACGAGAACUUCAUCUACAUAGCUGCCACACACACUUUCUCACAGGAUGUUGAGAGGAGACCUGUUGGGAAGAAGCGUCCGGUGAGCUGUGCUGAACUGGUUCUCGAUGUGGACACCAAGACUCAAAGGGUUAUCCUGAAAAAGAAGGAGCCAGGGAAGCGCUCCCAGCUGUGGAGGAUGACUGGCUCUGGCAUGUUGUGUCAUGAAGGCUCGUCCCCACCUCAGAGCAAGCCUGCCCAGCCGCGCCCGCUGGACUCUUCAUUGGUGCUGGACAUUGCCGGGCUUGCAGCUGUUAGUGACAACAGUUUUGAACCGUUGAUGCUGAGGAGGCCAGACUCACGCCGCAGCACCACCCAGACGUGGUACUUCAGCUCAGGGAUGCUGACCUGCGGCCUUCCUCGGCUGGUAGUACAGGUAAAAGGCGGGGUGACAGGCCUGUAUGAUGGAGCAGAGGUGGUGCUGGGACCAGAUUCAGGGCUACUGGAGCCUGGUCCUGAGCAGCAGUUCAUCAACCAGAAGAUGAGGCCCGGUUCUGGGGUGCUGUCAGUUCAGGUGCUUCCAGAUGGACCCACACGCGUCCUGCAGAUCAGUGACUUUAACCAAAGGAGAAUGAUCCAGAGCUUGCCUAGCACAGAACAGGACAAGAGCAAAGAGGAAGUAAAGAAGAAGGAGCCUGAGCAGGAGCUGGAGUUGUUGGUGAACUUGGAGGAAGGUCUAGGUGUGUCUUUGGUCAACAAAGUUCCAGAGGAGCUUGUGUUCACUACACUGUCUGGUAUAGAUGUCCACUUCAUCCGUACUGCUGCCAACGAGGUGUUGGAGCUCAGCAUUCAGAACAUUCAGGUGGACAACCAGCUGCUGGGUACCACCCAGCCUGUCAUGCUGUGUGUGACUCCCAGCUCCAGCGUCAGCAGUGUCAACGACAGCGGCCCGGCCCUGCAACUCAACUCAGUCAAGGUUCCUAGCAGCCUCAUGCUCACUGAUCUCUUCAAACACCUCAUGGUGACGGCCCGACGCUUCACAGUCAUCAUUGAAGAGAAACUGUUGCUCAAACUGCUCAGCUUCUUUGGAUAUGGACAAACAGAAGCUGAGCUUGAGAAGUUGGAUGAAAACCUCCACGAGAAACCUAACGAGGACGCAGGACCUCCCAAACGUUACUACUUUGAGAACCUGAAAAUCAGCCUGCCUCAGGUCAAACUGAGUGUCUUCACCUCUCACAAGCUGCCUCCUGAUCUCAAGGCUCUGAAAGGCACCCUGGGCAUUCCUCUGGUUCGGUUUGAAGACGCUGUCAUCAAUAUGUACCCAUUCACCAGAGUGCACCCCUAUGAGACCCAGGAGAUCAUCAUCAACGACAUCCUCAAACACUUCAGAGAGGAGCUGAUCAGCCAGGCAGCCCAGAUUCUGGGCUCUGUGGACUUUCUUGGAAACCCCAUGGGCCUCCUCAACGACGUCAGUGAGGGCGUGUCUGAGCUUAUCAAGUACGGCAAUGUGGGCGGCCUCAUACGCAAUGUGACCCAUGGUGUGUCCAACUCUGCUGCCAAGUUUGCAGGGACUUUAUCAGACGGGCUGGGGAAGACCAUGGACAACCGGCACCAGAGUGAGCGAGAGUACAUCAGAUACCACGGAGCCACCAGUGGUGAGCACCUGGUAGCAGGGAUCCAUGGACUGGCUCAUGGUAUCAUUGGAGGCAUGACAAGCAUCAUCACUUCCACAGUGGAGGGGGUAAAGACGGAGGGUGGAGUCAGCGGCUUCUUCUCAGGCCUGGGUAAAGGUCUGGUCGGCACUGUGACCAAGCCGGUGGCUGGAGCUCUGGACUUUGCCUCAGAGACAGCACAGACAGUCCGAGACAUGGCUAGUCUCAGUAACCACAGGCUCAGUGUGCAGCGGGUCAGGAAGCCUCGCUGCUGUAAGGGACCUCAGGGUUUGCUGCCUCGACACUCAGCCACACAGGCUGACGGUCAGGAGCAGCUCUUCCGCCUCACUGACAACAUCCACUCUGAGUACUUCAUCGCCGUGGAGCCCAUCGACAGCUACUGUGUCCUCAUUUCUUCCAAAGUGGUCUACUUCCUCAAGCCGGGGGACUACGUGGGCCGCGAGGCCAUCUUCCUGGAGGUCAAGUAUGAUGACCUCUACCACUGCCUGGUCUCUAAGGAUCAUGGGAAGGUAUACGUGCAGCUUACCAAGAAGGCUGAGAGCACCAGCAGUGGUGUGGCCAUUCCUGGCCCCUCCCACCAGAAACCCAUGGUCCACGUGAAGAGUGAGAGUCUUGCCAUCAAAAUCUCUCAAGAAAUCAACUAUGCCAAGAGUCUGUACUACGAGCAGCAGCUCAUGCUCCCAGCCAGUGAGAACGAGGACUGCUUACUGCUCGAGUCCUGAUCACAGGCCUUUUCUAAUAAGGUUAUUGAUUGUUUGUCUUUGACAGACUGCAGUAAUAGUGCACUUGGUUUAGUAACAUGACCUAAUGUUUGACAAAGCACAUUCAUGUACAUGACAUGGAAAACAUAUGCAAGGCAGUGUUAAUUUGACUGUAUAUGUAGAAAAGACUUCUAAUACACUGGCUCUCUGUGUUUAUAUGUCUGCUGAUGGCAGCAGGUGUUCUUUAUGUUUGUGAGUAGACAGAGAUGUAAAUAGAGCUAACAUACCAAUACUAUAAAGCAGUGUACAUACUGUAUUCAAUAUGAAGUACGGAGAGUAAUAACAGAAGCUGAUAUAAUGUGAAAUGUAACAAACUGCCUUUACAACUCUAUUUUGUGUAUAAGAGACUAUUAGAGUGGUUGGGGGGAUGAAUUGCACUGGGGGGGGCUGCAGCCCCCCAGCCUCACGCACACUGGAGCUGCCUGUCACUGUCUCUGCCUUUCACAAUCACAGACCUCCAGCGCCUCUUUAACAAUGCUUUUUUUAAUGAACCGGGUCUUCUUUCUAAUCAGUGUUCUCGUCUAAAGGACGGUACGGACUUCCUUCUAACUAAGUGUAUACAGCUUUUUGUAGCAUGAGCUUUGGGUUUUGGUUUGGUGUUAGAUGACAUUUUCUUGAGCCGUUUUUGAGGAGGAGUGGAGUUCAGGACAGGCCUGUCAGGGAGAGGUUGUGUACUUGAUCUGUGAUCCUGUAAAUUACCGUUACACAUAAACACUGCUUCAAAUAAAGCUCCACAACUGCGGCA